CACACCCUGCGGUCAUACCAAAGUGGACAUUCUUUUGCUUUUUGGGGGAUUUUACGGAAACCGAGUGGCCUGCCCUAUCAGUUGGUUAUUUAAUUGCCGUCGAUUGCGUUUUAUUGAAACCUCAAGUCGUUGAAAAAUGGGUUACCUUUUGUUUGGCGUAGGCUUGGCUCUGGUGGCAGCUUUAGCCGUCUACUUGAACUUGCCCGGUGCGCCGCAGAGCGCGGCUCGUCCCAGGCGCCGGGACGAGGACGAGUAUGAGUAUGAAGGAAGUUGCGGAACAUCUAAAUUGCGCCGGAACUUAAGGGACCAGGAAACGCGGCGCAGUCUGCCUGGAGACAAGUGCGCCGUCUGCUUGGAUGAAAUGAGACAUGGCAACAUGAAUUACAUGAAGUGCGGCCAUGCCAUGGACAGGGCCUGCUUUGAGGAGUAUCGCUACCUUCGCAGGAACUGUCCAGUUUGCCACAAGCCCAUUAACCUCAGUCUGCCUGGCGACGACUGUGCCAUUUGCCUGGAAGCGCUUUCCAAGUCCAACAUGGUUCACCUGCGCUGCCAGCAUGCUCUGCACUGUGAGUGCCACCAGCAGUAUAUCGAGAGUGGAGCCAAGCGCUGCCCACUUUGCCGCGAGGCACUGUAGGAGCACAACAUAUCUUUCAGCGAUCUGUUACCACAGUAAUGGGUCUCUCUACUUAAGUGCGCUCCCCGGGAAGAUAGUGGGGAACACACAUCAAGUGCUUAGCCCUUGUUGCACAAAGAAUUUGUACUCAUAAGCAUGCGAAACGAUAAGCAAUCGAAAGAAGUCUGUUCUAGCGUCUAGUUGUCAAGCGUUUUGUUAAAUAAACCACACAAAUUGCCUUUCACAAAUGCCUCUAGAGAUCGAUUUGUACUGAUUUGUGAUCUUGAAACGAAUAAAACUAUUAAGAAGAAACCCA